AACAAGAAGCAAGUCAUAUUGCAGCUUAACACUCUUUCAUCUGUUUCCCUUCUCUCUUUGGUUUUGAUCACUGCUCACAAUGGGAGCCAUGGAAAUUGAAGCAAAACAGAAAAUAGAUGAGAAAGCGAUCAAAGAGGAGGAUUUAGUUGAUGAAAGCGAGCUGUCCCCGAUAGAAGAAGUUCGUUUAACAGUACCCAACACCGAUGAUCCUUCACUCCCAGUAUGGACUUUCCGCAUGUGGUUCUUGGGUCUCUUCUCUUGCACCCUUCUUUCCUUCCUGAACCAGUUUUUCGGCUACCGAACCGAGCCGCUCGUCAUCACCCAAAUCACCGUCCAGGUGGCGACUCUCCCCAUCGGACAGUUUAUGGCUUCGGCUCUUCCUACGACCAAGUUUCGUAUACCCGGGUUUAGUUCGAGGGAGUUCUCGCUUAACCCCGGACCGUUUAACAUGAAGGAGCACGUUUUGAUCACGAUAUUUGCUAAUGCUGGGAGUGCUUUCGGGAACGGCACUGUUUAUGCUGUUGGUAUUGUUACCAUUAUCAAGGCGUUUUAUGGAAGGAGCAUCUCUUUCUUCGCUAGUUGGCUUCUUAUCAUCACUACACAGGUUAUGGGAUAUGGAUGGGCGGGGCUACUGAGGAAGUUUGUUGUCGAGCCGGCGCAUAUGUGGUGGCCCUCUACCCUCGUUCAAGUUUCUCUCUUCAGGACUUUGCACGAAAAAGAAGAAAAUAGCGAUGGCAAGCGCCGCAUAUCACGAGUGAAAUUCUUUGUGAUUGCAUUAGUGUGUAGCUUCUGCUGGUAUAUUUUCCCAGGUUACUUCUUCCUAACGUUGCAAAGCAUCUCUUGGGUGUGCUUGGCCUUCCCCCAUUCAGUGACCGCUCACCAAAUAGGCUCCGGCAUGAACGGUCUGGGCAUAGGGGCCUUCACGCUUGACUGGACGACGGUUUCCUCUUUCUUGUUUAGCCCACUUGUUUCCCCUUUCUUCGCCAUUGUAAACGUCUUCAUAGGCUAUGCCUUGAUAAUAUACUUUGUGAUGCCAGUUUCUUACUGGGGGCUUAACCUAUUCAACGCGAAAACUUUUCCCAUAUAUUCAUCGGACUUGUUCACCGCUCAAGGUCAGUCUUAUAACAUUUCAAAGAUCGUUAACGACAAGUUCGAGCUUGACGUGCAAGAGUAUGAUAAGAUAGGGAGGGUCCAUUUGAGUACUUUCUUCGCUAUCACCUAUGGAUUUGGGUUCGCUACUAUUGCUUCCACGGUAACACAUGUGGCCUUGUUCUACGGAAGGGAGAUCUAUAGUCGAUAUCGAGCUUCUUCUAGGGAAAAGGCUGAUGUUCACACAAAGUUAAUGAGAACCUAUAAGGACAUACCUUCAUGGUGGUUUUAUUUGCUUCUUGCUGUCUCCAUUCUUGUCGGUUUUGCACUCUUCAUCUUCCUUAAAAAGGACGUCCAAAUGCCUUGGUGGGGGCUGAUAUUUGCUGCUGCACUUGCUUUCUUUUUCACUUUGCCUAUCAGCAUAAUAACUGCCACGACAAAUCAAACACCAGGGCUUAAUAUCAUUACAGAAUAUAUAAUGGGAGUAAUAUUGCCUGGACAACCAAUAACCAAUGUGUGUUUCAAGACCUAUGGGUACAUGAGCAUGGCUCAGGCAGUGUCUUUUCUUAGUGAUUUCAAGCUUGGUCAUUACAUGAAAAUCCCUCCGAGAUCAAUGUUCCUGGUUCAGUUCAUCGGAACUAUGCUAGCUGGAACAGUAAACCUUGGAGUGGCCUGGUGGCUUCUAACAUCUAUCGAGAACAUAUGCCAUCGAAAUCUUCUCCCAGCAAAUAGUCCUUGGACAUGCCCCAACGACAGGGUCUUCUUCGACGCAUCUGUUAUCUGGGGUUUGGUUGGACCGAAAAAGAUUUUCGGAUCGCAAGGGUUGUAUUCAUCACUUAACUGGUUCUUCCUAGGAGGGCUUUUGGGACCCGUUGUAGUAUGGCUCUUGCACAAGGCAUUCCCAAAUCAGACAUGGAUCCCCCUUAUCAAUCUACCAGUGCUUUUAGGCGCAACCGGCUACAUGCCACCGGCAACGACGGUGAACUAUUCUUCCUGGAUUAUUGUUGGAACUAUCUUCAACUUCUUCGUAUUCAGGUAUCGAAAGCAAUGGUGGCAGAGAUAUAACUAUAUCCUAUCAGCAGCUUUGGAUGCAGGGGUAGCGUUCAUGACAGUGCUGCUUUACUUUGCACUGGGGAUUGAGAAUAAGAGUUUGAACUGGUGGGGUGCCAGUCCUGAUAUUUUCCCCGAGCAUUGUGAUCUAGCAUAUUGCCCCACCGCAAAGGGGAUCUCGGUUGAUGGGUGCCCAACAUUUUAAGCUUCACGUUUAAUAUUGUAAUAUGUUGAAGUCUGCUA